GCGGCUGCGGCGUCCGCCAGGAGUCAAGAUGGCGGCCCGCGGCCACGCCUGCGCUCUGAGCUCUCCUCCCCUUAGUCUCGCUGGGGCGGGGGGCGCGACUCCGGUUGCCGUGUGCGCGGAUUUUCUACCACCGCCNUGGCUGUCGCCGCGGCUCCCUGUCGCGCGCCAUGCAACUCCUCUGCUGGUGGCAAGUCCUGCUGUGGGUGUUGGGCCUUCCGGCCCACGGCCUGGAGGUUGCAGAGGACAGUGGUCACGCGUGGCGGGAGGAGCGGCCUGUCCCUGCUCUCCAGGUAGGAGCUGUGUAUCUGCAUGAAGAGGAGGCUGCUCAGGGCCAUCGGGACCAGGCAAGAGCAGCGGAACCCACGGAGGCCUCUCUGGGUCCGCGCGGAGAUCCCAUGGUGGUGCUGUCGGUGGUCCCCGGGGCAGCUGAGGACCAACGGAGUACCGAGGCCCACGAUGGCACCUGCAGUGCACAGGGAGAGGAGGACCUGCGCUGCGGCCGAGAGAACGUCUUCGGGCUGCAGGGUGCAGGCGGCUUCCCGGAUCGGGAAGAGGAGUACUAUGCUGAGCCUGGAGUGACUGAGGCCGAGCCNGUAGCCAGCGAGGAUGCCAACAGCACCGACAGCCUCAAGUCCCCCAAGGUGAACUGCGAGGAGAGGAAUGUGACCGGGCUAGAAAACUUCACUCUGAAGAUUUUAAAUAUGUCCCAGGACCUCAUGGAUUUCCUAAACCCAAAUGGUAGUGACUGUACACUGGUCCUCUUCUACACCCCGUGGUGCCGGUUUUCUGCCAGCCUGGCUCCUCAUUUUAACUCCCUGCCCCGGGCGUUUCCAACACUUGGCUUCUUGGCUCUGGAUGCAUCUCAGCACAGCAGCCUUUCUACCAGAUUUGGCACUGUAGCUGUCCCUAACAUUUUGUUAUUUCAAGGAGCUAAACCAAUGGCGAGGUUUAACCAUACAGAUCGCACUCUGGAAACACUGAAAAUCUUCAUUUUCAAUCAGACGGGUAUAGAAGCCAAGAAAAAUGUGGUGGUAACGCAGGCUGACCAGAUGGGCCCGCUCCCCAGCACUUUGAUAAAGACUGUGGAUUGGUUGCUGGUGUUUUCCUUGUUCUUUUUAAUUAGUUUCAUUAUGUAUGCUACCAUCCGCACUGAGAGUAUUCGGUGGCUGAUUCCAGGACAAGAGCAGGAACANGCAGAGUAAAGACAGAACUGAACCGGAACAAGAGGGGUCUCAGCCCUUUGUGGACUUAGCAUUACAGUCGCUAAAUGUGCGGACUUGCAACGGAAAUCAGAUUCAAGAAUCAUGUUCUUGUUGGACUACUGAAAAGCUGAAAAGAUUUCAUAUAAAUGUGUUUUUCCUAUGACAACUAGCAGGUACAAAAGUGUCCACUAGAAUUGACUGUUGUUGCUUUUUAAUACUUGAACAUAAUGAAUUUCUCUUCUAGUGUCGUCAAACAGGAAAGUGUUGUCUCAGAAGAAGAGCUAGGAUGGGAAGUAUGGGCUAGGACGGGAAGUGCGGGUCUACCACAGGACCAGGUGAAAAAUAAAGUCACUGAAACAAUU